AUGUCGGAGCCGUCUUCUUCUGGGUUGAUGACUUCGCUGCCAGAUGAUGUUGUUCUGAAUUGCUUGGCACGCGUAUCGAGAUCGGACCACGCUUCGUUAUCUCUCGUCUCCAAGUCGCACCGCUCUCUGCUGCGUUCCCCUGAGCUCUACGACGUCCGAUCCCGAAUGGGUCUCACCGAAAAGUUCAUCUUUCUCUGUCUAAGCAUCCCUUCAGAUCCGCUUGUGAGGUGGUUCGUCUUCACCCCGAAAGCCCUAAAUCAUCCGGGUAGGCUGGUCCCAAUCCGGCCACACUUGAGUCAGCGUCGGGAAGAAUCCGCCGCCGUGGUGGCACAUGGUUGCGGGAUCUACAUCAUCGGUGGGAUGAUUGGCGGGAGGAGAUCGUCCAAGGUCUUUUUCCUGGAUGGUCGAACUCACACGUGGACCAAUCUCCCUUCCAUGAGGCAAGCUCGAGCUGAUGCGUCGGCGGCCGAGGUGGACGGGAAGAUAUACGUGUUGGGCGGGUGCGAGGAUGAGAAUUCCCGUGAAUACGGUGAGGUUUUCGAUCCGAAGACGCAGACUUGGGACGUCCUGCCAGUGCCGCCGUAUGAGGAUCGUGUACGACAUCACUUCAUGUGCGAAAGCGCGGUGGUGGUGAUGAAGGAGGAGGAGGAGGAGAAGAAGGUUUUCGGUUUGAAUGGGAUAGGGAAAGGUUUGUUCUACGUUCCGAGUCAAGGCAAAUGGGAAAUAGGGAAUCGGGAAAAGAGUGGAGCUAAAAGGGGUUGGCAUGUGAUAGGGAAUGUAAUCUACUCUAGUGUAACGCGUGGGAGAAUAAUGUGGUGUGAGGCGAGUGAACUGGAGCGGCGCCGACCGGAGGGGAUGGAGUGGAGAGAGGUGAUGGGCUUGGAGCAUCUUAGGGACUCCCUCCGUGCCUCCAAACUGGUCAACUAUGGUUGUGGAAUGUUGGAUCAGUGGGAGUCUUACAAAAGGGAUAUGCAUAGGGAAGGUCAGAUAUUUCUCACAACACACAUCGACGAUGCAUAUCCAGGCCACAAACUGAGCAACCUUGGCCCCAACCUGUUACUCUUCUGGGACGUGCUUGGUCCUCAGAAAUUGGAGAUUUUCUGCGCCGAGAUCUCUCUACGCAGGUGCAAGGACACAGGCCAGAUUUCGGGCAGCGUUUUGUGGUCCGACGCUGUCAUGACGCUCCAUCCCAAGCAUCAUCUGCAACACUGUAAAAUCCUGCAUUCUCUAUCCCUCCAUCUCUGA